AAUAAAUAAUAAAUAAAAAUCGAAUAUUUGAGUCACUUGAGUCACAAGAGUAAAAUCUAAACAAAAAGUGCGUCGCUUCCAACUGCAAAUGUUUCAAUAGUAUCGCAUUUUAAAGCAAUGUAAAAAAUCUUAGUAUCUACAACAUUAAUGCAUAUUUACACACAUUCACAUCUACACUUUAAGUACACGCACAUAGAUACACAUAUACAUAUACAAUAACAACUUUAAAAUCGGCUUUAAAAUUGCGUUGAAAUACAGAUGGCUCACGUUGGUGUUCCCAGGCGUGAUCCCUGUCAAAAGUGCCAGUUGCCAGUGUUUUUAGCAGAACGUCUAACAGUUGGCAAAAGAACUUAUCAUCGUACUUGCCUUAAAUGUGCACGAUGCGGUUCACAACUCUCUCCAGGCAGCUUCUAUGAGACAGAAGUAGAUGAUGAGUACUGCUGCGAAACUUGUCCAGAUGAAGAAGUGCUCGCUGCUGAUGUAUCCACCAGUAGCGUACAACUGCGUACACCCUUAAGUGAUCAUACUGCAGACAAUUUAGCAAGUACAAGUACAGCUGUAGCUUCUGGUCCGCAGUCAAGAAAUGUGCGUAGUUCCAUUGCAGAUCGUUUAGCUUUCUUCGAGAAAACUAAACCAGUUGAGGAUAGCAAAACAAUUCAAAAUCAUAAACUGCUGCAGAAGAGUGUUAGCGAUGAGGAAAAAUCGAAGAGUCUUAAGCACAUGGAAGCAAAUGCAGCACAAUAUAAAAUGAACAGUGCUUUCAAUACAUUCCUCAACGAUACUAUCGAUGGUGAAAAUGAACCAGAAGCGAAUAGUGAACCGAUAUCCGUUACUGAAGACAGUAAAACUGACACCCAAAUGGAUACUUCAGAUACUGAAACUGACAAUGAGACACAUGCUGAAUUAAGUUUAGACAAUGCGCCGCCACCAGCUUUGCCGAAAUCGCAACCACCAGCGGAAGUAACAGUUUCUGCUACAACAACACCAAUAGCUAACAAAAGGUUCACAGCUACCGCACAACUGCAAUUAAGCAGCACAACAGCACAGCACGAGAAAACUACAAAGACCAGUAACGAACAUGAUUCGCCGGAGAGA